AUGUCUCUGCGCUCACUCCUGUGUUCGCCUGAGCCGAAUGAUCCCCAAGACGCCGAAGUGGCUAAACACUACACGAGCGAUUUUGAAGGCUACGAGAAGACGGCCAGGUACUGGACGGAACUCUAUGCUAGCCGGAAUCCCAGUGAACUGAAACAAAAGGAUGAAGUGCAGCUCGCGGGUCUCGAAAAUGAGCAUGUCGACAAGUUUUGUCGUAUGGGCUUCAGCAAAGACAAGGUCAUUGCAACUUUGCGGCGCCUCAACUACCGCGGCGAGAAUGUCCACAAGAUUCCCGACGAGCAGGUCACGACAAUGCUAACGCACCCUGUAUGA